ACAUGCCGGCUCACGGGGAGCAAGCAGAAGCAAGCACACUCUUCUCUCUUUCGACCGCAGUCUAGCAAGCCGAUCAGAUAGAACUUGCUCGCUCAUUCCGACGCGGCCGAGAAGAAAAGCGAGCGAAAGUCCACUUCCUACUGAAAAGGAGAACCUAAUAAGAAAAUCGGCGCCGUCUAUGCUGAUUUGCUAGCUCUCAACCUGCACAGUGUGUCAUGCCUGCACAGCAAAAGGACUUGGAGCCGACCAUGGCCCAGGCGUGCUCUCCGCCGAUUUUCGGCCUUCACCACCAGCCGACGGAGUUGAGCCUGGGAGGUUCGUCGUUGCACCCGAGCAGCGGCCACGAAUCGUCGUCGUCAGCGCCCAGCUCGAGCUCCACCUCCCCCGUGACCUCUGACCUUGAGCACCAGCAGGGCGAGAUUUUCCAGCGUAUCAAUGAGUUACUACAAGAUCCAUGCGCCGAGGAUAGUCUAUCCUCCCCAGACUACCAUGCGGAGAGCCGCCGCAACCUCUCAGACCUUUUGACCAUGAGUGUUCCACGAGGCAUGAGGAUGAACAACCACCCCGACAACCAGGGCCUGAAUAACUUCAACCCCCUGCGUCUCCAGAUUAACCGGCAGGAGAAUGCCAAUCAGCAGCACAUGAUGACGUCGCCAGUGGACGAGCAGGGCAACUACCGCAUGAUGUCGCGUGGCUCCAGCUAUUCGCCUCCUGCGUACCACCACCAGAAUCAGCAGCACCACCACACCCCAGACUACCAGAUGCACCAGCAGCGCGCCGCGCCGCCCAACCACGUUACGCCGCGCCAAAUCAGAGGAUCUUUCAGUGACUCAGGCACUCCCUCCUCCCUAGAGCAGGCGGCCAUGAUGGCCACGGCCGGCUUCUUUCCCAACAACAGGUCCCGCUCACCUUCCCCGGCAGACAUUGACGCCAAUUUUGCAACCCCCAACGAGCUUGCCAGCCUGAUGCAAACCUUGUGCUUGACUCACCAACAUCACCAGUUCAACCAGAACAAUGGUGGAGGGGGAGGCCUACUGAGCCCACUCAGCGACUUGCAGGAAAACUCCCUAAGGCUCCACAUGCCGAAUCAACAACAGAUUCACCCGAGUUCUCUGCUGGCACUGCUUCAGCAGCAGUGUCCAGGCACUCCAAACUCGCCGACCGACUCAACCAGCAGCAGGCACCGACAGUGGCUGAUGACCUCGCAGCAGCAACAAGCUGCCGCCGCUUUGCUCCUCACCGAUCCCACUUCCCUGGAGAGGGCUGCCAGAUGCCACAGAAUUGCUGCUCAGGUUCAUGAGGCUACCGUGUCUUGGAGUGGAACUUUGCCCCCCAGGGUGCACUCAAACCCAGUUUACUCUUGCAAGGUCUUUCUUGGAGGAAUUCCGUGGGACAUUUCAGAGUCCAUUUUGAUCUCUGCCUUUGAGCAGUUUGGGCUCGUCAAGGUUGAAUGGCCUGGCCGCGAAAACUCGCCUGCUCGUGCCAAAGGCUAUGCUUACAUCAUCUUUGAGGAAGAGUCGCAGGUUAAAGCACUGCUGCAAAGCUGCACCCAGGACGUACUGAGCACUGGCAACUGGUACUACAAGAUAUCGUCGCGACGCAUGAAGGCCAAGGAGGUGCAGGUUAUACCCUGGAUGAUCAACGAGGGCAACUAUGUCAAGAGCCCCUCUAUUAGACUUGACCCACAGAAGACUGUUUUUGUUGGAGCUUUGCAUGGAAUGCUAAAUGCUGAGGGCCUUGCCAAAAUCAUGAGCGAGCUAUUUGAGAAUGUCAUCUACGCUGGCAUUGACACGGACAAGCACAAAUACCCUAUAGGCUCUGGAAGAGUGACUUUCAGCAGCAGCCGCUCCUACAUGAAGGCAGUUGCUGCUGCGUUCAUUGAGAUUAGAACCAACAAGUUCACUAAGAAGGUCCAGGUUGACCCUUACCUGGAAGACUCUUUGUGCUCUGCGUGCAACCUGCAGCAGGGCCCUUACUUCUGCCGUGAGAUGGGAUGCUUCCGUUACUUCUGCCGCACGUGCUGGCGCGAGCAGCACUCGCUGCCCACUAUGAUGGCACACAAGCCGCUGAUGCGGGUCAGCAAGACCUCAUCCCAGUCCCCGGACGUACCGAGGCUUAUGUAGAGGCCGUACCGCCCUGCGAAGUACGCCCCCUUUCUCCUCACCCCACAUAGUAAAUCAUAUUAUUUGUGUUCCUUCGUCCAUGUUUAUGAUCGACACACGCGCCACCAAUUGUUACGGUUUCCUUCUAACACUCACUUAAACACAGCGACACUCCUGCCUGUAAAACAACCGAAUGUUGCGAAACGUCCGAAAUCGAUUACAAUACUACUUACCGAUCGUCUCCCAUACGUAUGUACGCGGCGGGGACGAAUUUUGCCCUGCGCACUUUUGGAAAUGUUUUUAGGGUCGUUUUAUUCUCUCAAGAGUGUUACCACGACAUACAUAGACUGUCCAUACUUAACUAAAUAGCGUAGGUGUGCAUCAGGGUUGCAUAACUGCAUGUGCGGAAUGCUUUUAAGGAACAUUUUACUAGAUCCGGCGGUCUCAGAAACUUUUGAGAAAGGAAGGUCUUUCUUGAGCAAGCAGACUCCUCAAGGAGCACCCUCUCACUCGUUAAUUUAUGUUAUUUUAUCGGCUGAAAAAGCUACAGCCGAAUAUUUCAUUGUUAAAAUUUUGCGUUCGCUCGCAAAAUAACUGUUGAUUUGGCGUGUGUAGUCACAUCGCCCGAAGUAAACCCAGUCAAAAGAUGAUUGACUGGGCUAUUACUUAGUGACCAACUUAUUUUUUUCUGUGUCAAGACAGGCUCUUAUUAUUUACGAUUUUUUUUUGAUGCCACGCCUGAGUUUUAGAGAACACUCACACACCACAUUGUAUUAAGCCUGCGAUGAACAAGGUGCCUUACUCUGGCCACCUUGCACAGCGACCUUUCUGUACCGCUCUCUCUUUUUGUGCGUAGUAGCUGAAAACAAACAGAUAAAAAAUGCUCACAUUCUCAACGAUUCGCUGUCCUCCGAGUUGGGUGUUUUUUCGGUGAUGAUUUAAUAUCAGCAGCCACACUUACUCAACACACACAUACACUCACUCAAUUGUAUAACUUUUACUCAGCGUUUUAAGUCGACUUUUAAUGUUACCGCGCUUUUACCAGCCUUUUUUUAUUGAAUAGAGUCAAUUUUAUUGUCUAUCAUCACUGUGUAACUUGUCGAGCCAGCAGGGAGAGGACAUUGCCAAAGCGACUGAUAGCGGGAGAGAGAGCCAGCAAGAGAUUAAAAAUGUGCCAAACACACAAAAAACGCAUCAUUCGUAGGAGGCCGCAAACAAGGCUAAACACAUACUAAAAAAAACGGGAAGUGACCGCCCCCCGUGUCUCUCGGCAGCCGAGCCGCGUUUUAAUUUUUAGUGCCAUACAUUUUUUUCCUCAAACGGCAUCAUUAUUGCGUUUCGGCGCGCGGAUGGGUGGUCAGUCGAGGUGAUUGAUAGUAGAAUAUUGAUUGUAAAACACUCAACACACAUAGUACGUAUAAUUGAUUAUAGCCCCCCUUUACUACCCACAGUUUUAAAGAAAAUGGCUUUUUGAAAUCUUUUAGUCAGCUUUGAGAAGUAAACACACUAGCACAACAACUACUUAACUCACUCACACACUAAUCUUAAUAGAUGAAUGAUCUAAGAAGUAAACACAUAUAGCUACGCGAGAUGUUUUUAUGUAACUCAACAACGUCUUUAUCAAAUAAUAUCUCUUUGUAUCUCUUUCUGGUAUUUAAAAAAUGUUUUAGAAUUUUUCCAAUUUUUAUGGUCGUUUCCAAUUUUGUAAUAAAUUUUAUAGAAAAUGUGAAUACGAGAAGAGUUUUUGCCCUAUUUUUAAAUACGAAAUAGUAUUUGCUUGGCGAUUCUUAAUUCUUGAAAGAUACGAACAAUAGCAAAAACAUUUGAUACACACAUGAGAAGAAUUUGAUUGCGUGCAGUUUAUUUUUUAAAAGUGAGAGUGAAUUUUCGCCACCGAAUUGAUCGCGACAUAUUUUUUUAGCUUUAUAAGAAACAAAGCAGAACGUGCGGAGAAAAUAUAAUCACACAAUUGGCUGCCCGUUAGAAAAAUGAAAACGAUGAUGAUUUUUAAAAUGCAACUCAAUUCGAUCGGUUCGAUUCAGUUUUAAUCCACAGAUAAUUAGCGAGGAUCAAAGAUCUGCCAAGGGAAACUGAAAACUCGAGAAUGAUGAGAGAAAUGAUAUGAUAUAAUAUUUUUUGAAGAGUCAUAUUUUUGCUCUGAUUUUAUAUUGAAGUUUCCAUAAAAGUAAUCGAUAAAAUAGUAGUGGAUGUUGUACACGUGUAUUUUACAAUAAUGGUAGGCCUCUGUGAAAAGUAUUAAACACUCACACACACACACACACACACACACUAUCGAACGAAAAGAAAUUAUAUCACAAUAAUGUUAAUUGAGAGUGAACGAUCAAAAUUAACCGUGACCGGGAGAAACGGAUCAGAUAUCAUAGAAAAAUUACCCAAGAAAAGGCUUUUAACGCGUGAAGAUGGAGAGAAUUAAAACGCAGACACACAGUAUCACGAUGAAAUUAAUUAAUGGUGCCUACUCACUUAUCUUCUAAUGUUAUAUGCCUUAAAAUUAUUCAGUGUAUAUCAAACGCAUUAAUGGAUCAGUGUAACAAAAAUUACUAUCGAACGAAAUUCUCCCCUUGCUCGAACUCGAUUGUUUUGUCCCGAAGCGUUUUCGAGACGACCGGACCUAAUUACGGCCGGUCGAGAGCACUUUGCUUAGUCCAUCGUUUUAAUUGAACAGCGGGCGUCGGCCUCGGCGCGUUUUAAUGCUGCUUCGGCCGACCUGCCGGGCGCGGCGGCCAGUUGCAACCAACGGCCCCUCGCUUCCGCAGGCACUUUCAAUGUGGAUAAGAUACUGAAAUAUUUUUCAAAAAACAGAUUUUAUGCGAACAUAAUGUGAAUUCGAACGAUAUAAAAAAGGGCCUCAACUUUUUUCCACGCCUUCCUUUCUGUCUUUCUUCCACUCGCAGAAGCGCGUAUUGUUAACGACUCUUCUUGCAAUUCUUUCCUUUCUCUCCUUUGGUUACUUGGUCAAUUGAGCAAGUUUUGUACUUUUCGAUUUAUGAUUUACAAAUAAUAAUAUUUAUGUUCACGCUCAGAGCUCGAGCCAACAGUUAUUGUUUUGUUUCUUUCAUACAACUUCUGUGUUUUUUGAAUCGUUUAUGAAUACUUGAUUAGUGUCACUGGAACUCAAACAUUCCGAUGUAAAAAUUAAUAAUGAUCAAACUACGAACCUGUUGUUUUCUCCGCAAAAUACGCGUAACAAACAAGAUACGAACAAACAACGUAUGUACUGCUGCAUUGUCAGGUAGUUUUUCUUUUUUCCAGUUUUAUGAUGGUUACCUUGCCAAUGAUUGUCACGCAAAAUGGUCUGUCAUUUCAACAAUGUACUCGAUUGAUCAUUGAUUUUGUGCCUAUAUUAAACACUAUGAUUAUAUUGUAAAAUCUGAAAUAAAAUUGGCAAAUAAAAUUAA